UUUUUUUUUUUUUUUUAAUAAAUUUAAAUGUUAAGACGUCUUUUCUCAACAAAAAAGUGCUUGUCUGUAGACCAGCUUGAAAGCAUUUAUAAAUUAUCAACAGCUGUCAAUAGUAAUUCAAGUAAACUAGAGAAGCAAGCAAUAAUAAAGCAAUACCCCGCAUGUCAUUCAAUUUUAAAACGUAUAUAUGAUCCUCAUUUAAGGCAUCAUGUGUCUUCAAAGGCAGCUAUCAAAUAUUUAAAAAAGUAUCCAAUAACUGACUUGGAUAAAGCUGUCAAAUAUACCAAUGUAAAUGAUUUAUUAGAUGCUCUAUCUUCGCGAACUAUUAAAGGACAUGCAGCAUGUGCAGCCAUUGCUUCCUUUUAUAAUACAUAUUGUAAAACAAAACCUCAUCAAGAUAUAUUUUGGCGCAUCAUUGACCGUAAUCUGAAAAUGGGAGUCUCCGUCAUCACCAUUCGUCGACUAUUAUCUGCUAGAACAACCAGUGAAAAUACGAUAAACAAAGAGAAACAAUCUACAAUAAAUAUUCAAGUUGCCUUAGCCUUCCCAAUGUCUGCUAACAAAAAUGGGCUUAAUAUCCAAGUUGACAGCUGGUAUGUCUCGCAAAAACUAGAUGGUAUUCGAUGUAUUACGAUAAUUCAAAAAGAUAAAAAUGGACAAUACGAUAUUGAAUUUUAUUCGAGAACAGGAAGACCAUUCACUUCUCUCCAAAAAGUCAAAAAUGAUCUUGAAGAUAGACUUGAAGAAUUAGGGGAUCAAAUAAAGGAUGCAUUUGUGCUUGAUGGUGAAAUUUGUGCGUACAGCAACGACUUGGGUAGGAUAAAUGAGGAUUUUUUAAAGGCCGUAAGUCAAAUACGACGAUUAAAUGAGCAAAUGGAGAACCCUGUCUAUCAAAUAUUCGAUUGUAUCACUCUUCAUGAUUUUUUAAAGACAAAAGGAGAACAAUUAUUUGCUGAGCGACAAGCAAUUUUAAAGAAUUUUGUAGGGAACAUACAAAGAGCCCAUGUAAAGAUGGUAAAACAAAUCAAGCUGGAAAGUUUGGAGCAGUUAAAUAGGCUUAAACAGAAAUCAAUUCAAAUGGGUUGGGAAGGUUUAAUUUUAAGAAAAGAUGUGUUUUAUGAAGGAAAACGAACUCGAAAUAUGCUUAAAAUAAAAGAAUGGGAAGAUGCAGAAUAUAUUGUGAAAAGUAUAGAGACAGGAUAUAUGAGAAUGCCUGAUACUGGUGAAGAUAAGCUUGUCCUUACUAGUGUUAAUAUUGAACAUAAAGGGAAUAUUGUCAGUGUUGGAUCAGGAUUUUCAAUACAAAAACGUAUCAUUUAUGCUGAAAAUCCUAAUUUAAUUCUUGGUAAGCCUAUCACUGUUCGUUACUUUUCUGAAUUCAAGAAAGAAAAUGGUACUGUCUCAUUACGGUUCCCAACUGUUAAAGCAGUUUACGAAGAAGGGGAAAGAGAUGUUUAAACCAUUUUUUUUUAUUUAUUACAUAAUAAAAUAAAAGCAGUCAUUUGUAAUCUA